UAUGGAUAGUCUAACAUCUAGAAGGUACGGAGGUGUGAUACAGCGUGACGUUUAUCUCCAUAGCUCUUGGAAAAUAGAAAACGAGAAUAAUUCGUGAGAAUGGCAGCGAUCAGUUUGUUGAAUCCGAAAGCCGAAUUUGCUCGAUCGGCGCAGGCAUUAGCGGUGAACAUUUCCGCCGCUAAAGGAAUUCAAGAUGUGAUGAGGACUAAUUUGGGACCCAAAGGAACCAUGAAGAUGUUGGUUUCUGGAGCUGGUGAUAUAAAAAUCACCAAAGAUGGCAAUGUGCUUCUUCAUGAAAUGCAAAUUCAACAUCCUACCGCAUCCUUAAUAGCGAGAGCAUCCACUGCUCAAGAUGAUAUGACUGGUGAUGGUACAACCAGCACUGUGCUAGUCAUUGGUGAACUUUUGAAGCAAGCUGAUUUGUACAUAACUGAGGGCUUGCAUCCCAGAGUAAUCACCGAAGGUUUUGAUCUGGCACGCGCUAAAGCAUUAGAAGUAUUGGACUCAUUGAAAAUUCCGAUAAAACUUACUAAGCAGGGUUUAUUGGAUGUCGCGAGGACAUCUCUUAGAACAAAAGUUCAUCAUACUAUAGCGGACAAAUUAACCGAGAUUUGCGUGGAUGCUGUAUUGGCCAUUAAGCAAGAAGAUAAAGACAUAGACUUGCAUAUGAUUGAAUUAAUGGAAAUGCAGCAUAGAACUGCGGUUGACACCACUCUGAUUCGUGGUCUAGUCACUGACCAUGGAUCCAGGCAUCCGGAUAUGCCAAAGAAAUUAGAAAAUGUGUAUAUUCUGACUUGUAAUGUGAGUCUGGAAUAUGAGAAAAGUGAGGUGAACAGUGGAUUCUUCUACAAAUCGGCAGAAGAGCGUGAAAAAUUAGUAGCCGCUGAACGCGUGUUUAUCGAUAAUCGUGUGAAGAAGAUUAUCGACUUGAAGAAAAAGUUAUGCGACGGAACAGAUAAAUCAUUUGUCAUAAUAAACCAGAAAGGAAUUGAUCCGCAGUCUCUUGAUAUGCUUGCUAAAGAGAACAUCAUCGCUUUGCGCAGAGCCAAGCGCAGAAAUAUGGAGCGUUUAGCGCUCGCUUGUGGUGGCGUAGCCAUGAACUCUGUUGAUGAUCUGAAGGAAGAACAUCUGGGAUGGGCUGGUCUUGUAUACGAACACGUUCUGGGAGAAACCAAAUAUACCUUUGUAGAGGAGUGCAAAAAGCCAAACUCUGUGACCAUUUUAUUGAAGGGACCGAAUAAGUAUACAUUGGAACAAUUGAAAGACGCCGUGCGUGAUGGACUCAGAGCUAUAAAGAAUGCUAUCGAUGAUCGUGCGGUUGUCCCUGGAGCUGGAGCCUUUGAAGUUGCAGCUAGCCAAGCUCUUCAACGAUACAAAGAGCAGGUAAAAGGAAAGCAACGUUUGGGAGUGCAGGCCUACGCGGAAGCUUUACUCGUCAUUCCGAAGACUCUUGCUGUGAACAGCGGAUUUGAUGUGCAAGACACGAUCGUCAAGUUGUUGGAGGAAAGCAACGCUUUGGGAGAACCGGUAGGGUUGGAUCUAUCCACAGGAGAGGCUCUGAAACCCACAGAUGCUGGCAUUUAUGACAAUUACAACGUAAAGAAACAAAUUAUCAAUUCCUGCACGAUCAUCGCUAGUAAUCUUCUUCUGGUUGAUGAAAUAAUGAGAGCAGGAUUAUCUUCACUCAAAGGUUAAAUUGCAGCUCUCCGAAUUGAAAGUUUAAGUUAAACAAUUUUUUUCACGAAACUAAUUAAAUCAGUACGAAUUAUCAUUCGUUUUACACAAUAUCUGUUAACCGAAUUCAUCGUUUGUAUCAUUUUAUUUUUAAUACAAAUAUUUAAUAACACGAUACAAUAAAUUUUCAUGUUGAGCUUAAUAAAGAGAGUAAUGCUUUUGUAAGAACUAUU